GUCCCGGGUCGGGUUCGCAGGUUCCCCCAGUCCCUGCAGCCGGCGCCGCGGGGCGCCCCGGGACAGCGGCGGAUCUUUCCUUCCCAGCCACUCUUGAUGCCUCAUUUGCCUCUGGCUGCUUUUCGACUACCACUUUGGGGGCUGAGGCCCUCAUGGGGCCUCCCCAGGUCCCAGUCCCUUGCCACUCAGUCAGAGCCCUAUGGAUCCCCCAUCUCCCGGAGGAACCAUGAAGCCAAACAGAAGCGCCUUCGGGAGAAGCAGGCUGCCCUGGAAGCUGGGACAGCCAGGAAGAGCAAGUCACCUGCAGAAUCCAGUAAGACCUGGGCUCCUAAGGAGAUAGUGUUGUAUGAAAUCCCCACAGAACACGGAGAAAAGAAAGAUGUCUCCCAGCUCCUGCCUCCUGCUUACAGCCCCCGCUAUGUUGAGGCUGCCUGGUACCCUUGGUGGGUGAGAGAGGGCUACUUCAAACCAGAAUAUCAGACCAGGCUGCCCCAGGCCACAGGGGAGACCUUUUCCAUGUGUAUCCCACCUCCCAAUGUCACUGGCUCCCUACACAUUGGCCAUGCGCUGACGGUGGCCAUCCAGGAUGCCCUCGUGCGCUGGCACCGGAUGCGUGGGGACCAGGUGCUGUGGGUCCCUGGCUCAGAUCACGCAGGAAUUGCUACCCAGGCUGUGGUAGAGAAACAACUUUGGAAGGAGCGAGGAGUGAGGAGACAUGAGCUGAGCCGGGAAGACUUCCUUCAGGAGGUGUGGAAGUGGAAGGAGGAGAAAGGUGGAGAGAUCUGCGAGCAGCUCCGAGCUCUGGGGGCCUCCCUGGACUGGGACCGAGAGUGUUUCACCAUGGAUGCUGGCUCCUCAGUGGCUGUGACUGAAGCUUUCGUGCAACUCUACAAGGCAGGGUUAUUGUACCGGAACCGGCAGCUUGUCAACUGGUCAUGUGCUUUAAGAUCCGCCAUCUCAGAUAUUGAGGUGGAGCACCGGCCCCUGCCUGGACGCACGGAGCUUCGGCUGCCUGGCUGCCCCAACCCUGUGUCUUUUGGCCUGCUUGUUUCUGUGGCCUUCCCCGUCGAUGGAGAGCCUGAUGCAGAGGUUGUGGUAGGAACCACGAGGCCAGAGACGUUGCCUGGAGAUGUAGCUGUGGCUGUUCAUCCUGAUGACUCGCGAUACACACAUCUCCACGGGCGACAACUUCGUCAUCCCUUGACCGGGCAGCUUCUCCCCCUCAUCAUAGACUCUGCUGUUCAGCCUCACCUGGGCACAGGGGCAGUGAAGGUGACUCCAGCUCACAGCCUGGCUGAUGCUGAGCUGGGGGUCCGGCACGGCUUGAGCCCCCUGAGUGUCAUUGCAGAGGACGGGACCAUGACCUCCCUCUGCGGGGACUGGCUACAGGGUCUUCACCGAUUUGUAGCUCGAGACAAGAUUGUGUCUGCACUGAGGGAGCGGGGCCUGUUCCGGGGCCUCCAGGACCAUCCCAUGGUGCUGCCCAUUUGCAGCCGCUCCGGGGAUGUGGUCGAAUACCUGCUGAAGAGCCAGUGGUUUGUCCGCUGCCAGGAAAUGGGGGAGCGAGCCGCCAAGGCUGUGGAGUCAGGGGCCCUGGAGCUCAGUCCGUCCUUCCACCAGAAGAGCUGGCAGCACUGGUUCUCCCACAUUGGGGACUGGUGUGUCUCCCGGCAGCUGUGGUGGGGCCAUCGGAUUCCAGCCUACCUGGUCGUGGAGGAGCGUGCAGAGGGUGACAGAGAGGACUGUUGGGUGGUUGGGCGGACGGAGACGGAGGCCAGAGAAACAGCUGCAGAACUCACCGGCAGGCAAGGGGCAGAGCUGACCCUGGAAAGGGACCCUGAUGUCCUAGACACCUGGUUCUCCUCGGCCCUUUUCCCCUUCUCCUCCCUGGGCUGGCCCCAAGAGACCUCAGACCUCGCUCGUUUCUACCCCUUGUCACUUUUGGAAACGGGCAGUGACCUCCUGCUGUUCUGGGUGGGCCGCAUGGUCAUGUUGGGGACCCAGCUCACAGGGCAGCUCCCCUUCAGCAAGGUACUGCUUCACUCCAUGGUUCGGGACCGGCAGGGUCGGAAGAUGAGCAAGUCCCUGGGGAAUGUGCUGGACCCACGCGACAUCAUCAGUGGGGUGGAGCUGCAGGUGCUGCAGGAAAAGCUGAAGGAUGGGAACUUGGACCCCGCAGAGCUGGCGACUGCAACCACCGCCCAGAGAAAGGACUUCCCUCAUGGGAUCCCUGAGUGUGGCACGGAUGCCCUGAGAUUCGCCCUGUGCUCUCAUGGAGCCCUGGGCGGUGACCUGCACUUGUCUGUGUCGGAGGUCCUGAGCUGCCGACAUUUCUGCAACAAGAUCUGGAAUGCACUGCGCUUUAUUCUCAAUGCCCUGGGGGUGAAUUUUGUGCCCCAGUCUGCAGCGGAGCUGUUGCCCUCAUCCCCCAUGGACUCCUGGAUCCUCAGCCGCCUUGCCUGUACCGCCCAGGAGUGUGAGCGUGGCUUUCUCACCCGAGAGCUCUCGCACGUCACCCACGCCCUGCACCACUUCUGGCUGCACAACCUCUGCGAUGUCUACUUGGAGGCUGUGAAGCCAGUGCUGUUGCACUCGCCCCGCCCCCCGACGCCACCUCAGGUUCUGUUCUCCUGUGCUGAUGUCGCUCUGCGCCUCCUCGCCCCGCUGAUGCCCUUCCUGGCUGAAGAGCUCUGGCAGAGGCUGCCCCACAGACCUGGUGUUGCCCCCAGCAUCUGUGUUGCCCCCUAUCCCAGUGCCCGAAGCUUGGAGCACUGGCACCAGCCCGAGCUGGAACGGCACUUCUCCCGGGUGCAGGAGGUGGUGCAGGCGCUGAGGGCUCUCCGAGCCACGUACCAGCUCACCAAGGCCCGGCCCCGAGUGCUGCUGCAGAGCUCAGAGCCUGGGGAGCAGGGCCUGUUCGAGACCUUCCUGGAGCCCCUGGGCACCCUGGGCCACUGUGGGGCUGUGGGCCUCUUGCCCCCAGGUGCAGCGGCUCCCUCCGGGUGGGCCCAGGCCCGGCUCAGCGAUACCGUCCAGGUCUACAUGGAGCUGCAGGGCCUGGUGGACCCCCAGACCCAACUACCUCUGCUGGCUGCCCGAAGACAUAAGUUGCAGAAACAGCUUGAUGGCCUCAUAGCCCGGACCCCAUCGGAGGGGGAGGCAGAGACUCAGAGGCAGCAGAGGCUCUCUUCCCUCCAGUUGGAAUUGUCGCGACUGGACCAGGCGGCCUCUCACCUGCGGCAGCUGAUGGCUGCGUCUCCCUGCCCCAGGGAGCCCUGAGCUCUACCUCGCCUUUCUGGGUGGUUUUCCUCUCUCCCAGACCUGCCGUUGAGGAGAAACAGAUAUGGCAGAUGCCAGGAUUCAGGGGCCUCAGAGACCAUGGGGCCCUUCCUCACUCCUGUAUGAAACAGAUUCCUCCCAUGCAGUCCUGCCUGGAAAUGUAGGAGUGAGAGAAGCCAGAUAAACUUAGAUUCCCCAGUACUCUGCUUGUGGUGCUUUUGUUUCUCUCUCUCCUUGUGGCGACUUUGUUGCCUCUCAGUGUUCCCUGAGACUGGUUUGGGAACAGAAGAGAGCUGCCUCUUAGAUUUGGACCCUGGGCCACAGCGGGAAUAUGGGUGCUAUGAGGGGCCUGUCUCCUUGGAGGAAAGAGGGGCUUUCUAGCAGGGCCUGGGCAUGGUGAACCAGUGCUGCCUCCUUCCCGGACAGUGCCGACUCCUAAAGGCCCUUCCUCCUCUGCUGCUCCCCGGAUGGAAGUUUCCUGCUCCUUGGCCCUAUCCCCUGGGAUGCUGAGAGGAGUCGGCACUUCCUCUAAGUUUGAGCGGAGUCCACAGACCAGAGGCACGUGACCAGCCCCUAUCGGAGUUACCACCGAGUGCACAGACACCCACCUUUUCACCCUUGACACCUGUCUCAUCUUGUUGGAACUUGGGGUGUGAGGCGCCUGCCCUUCCACACCCCAGUUACAUUCUGUCUAGCAGUUCUGAGUAACUUCUGUCCAUGGCAGACCUGUUAACUGACUGGGUCCAUCUGGCACUUUUAAGGCCUCCCGAGAACCUUGUAAGGUGGGUGUUCCAUCCAUUUGGUAGAUGAAGCGAUGGGCUGAGAGAAUACAAGGUGUCAAGUGGGGUUCAACCCAGCAAGUUAUGUGCAAGUUCUUUCCGGCUGCGGACACCAAGCUGCAAGUAUAGUGGUGGCUAAAUCAGGGCGUUUCUUUUUGCUGGAUGGAGCCAUGUGGGCUCUACAUCAGCAGGGCCAUACCUGCUCUGAUCCCAUUUUCCUGCCAUUCUCUGAUCACCCCAACUGUGGGUGAAAGGUCCGCUCCUGCUCCUGCUCCCACCACCAUGUGUAACACAGAGGGAAGAGGAAGAGGAGGGGAUGGGCAGCUUCCCUUUUUUUUUCCCCAUUAAUUUUUCCCCUAUCAAUUGCACUUGUAAGUUAUUACAAAUUCCAGUUGUUUGUCAUUACUUAAUGCGGCUACUAGAACCUCUAAUGUGCCUUUUGUUCUGUCUGUACCGGACAUGCAGAAAGGGGAGUGGAGCCUUUCUCUCUUGUACAGAACACCCUCUACCGUGCUCCCCCAGUCCCCCCGCUUUGAUGGCUGAACUCUUCACAGGCAUUUCCUAGGUGAGGUGGUCCAGCAAAUGAAUUCUCCCCAAUUCUAGGAGUAUAUUCAUUAUAGGUUUAUGGUAAAAGCUAAUUUUUAAAAAGAUGUUUCUUUUUAAAAAAAUGUCAUCUCAAAAACACAUCAUUAAAAUGUUGCUGAAUGCCGGGCCUCCCUGGUGGCAGAGCGGGUUGAGCACAGAGCUGUGAAGCUGUCCUCAGCCUCUGCAGAGCAGGUUCAAUUCCCAGCUGGCCAGGGAGAUACCCACAUAGAAUGGCAGAUCUCUCCUGUCUGGCCCACUGCUCCGCUCUGCAGUGUUUUUGGUCCGUCUGCCUUUCCUGCUCCUGCUCUGUCUCUGGUGAAUCCGCUCAUCUGCGUCUCUGGCCUGCACCCCAGUUCUUGUAUAAAUAAUAAAAAAAAACUGUGCAACUUCCUUCACCAAUUAAUGGGGAAAGACAUCCUUCCUAAAAAAAAAAAAAAUUACUAAAUGCCACCAAGUUUACCUUGAAAGGACUUGGCGAGAUCUGGGCUGCCUGCAUCCCUCUCAGCAUUUACUGAGUUAACUGGCUGCAUCAUGUUUUUAGGGCAGUUAACAACACUAAACGUGUAUUGUCAAGCUACAGACAGGAAAGGUACCACUUCUUCAAGGAUUAAAAUGAAACCCCAGAAAAGGACAGCUUCACCAGCAGACUCAACCCAAACUCACCCACGCAGGGCAACACACACCCCUCUGCCAGCUGCGCCAGGGACAGUGAGUUCUCACAAGACUCUUGCUCACUUCAGAGAAGCAGCAUUCACCACAUGAGCGCAGACUACGCUGAUGCAGACACUCUUGCUACCCAGCUGCAAUGUUCAAAAAGACUCAGAGAGGCACCAGAGUUUAUGGAAGCAUCGCACCCCCGUGUGUGUAUCAUCUUCCUGGAGAAGGAACCCCAGGAUUUCCCCAGACAUGAGCUCCUAUUGCUUCCCCAAGGUCUGAGGUGAACAGAAACGGACAAGACAGGAGCAGUCAUUCUGCCAUUUUUCUAGCUGUUAAAGCUGCCAUCAAGCCUGGGGCUGAUUUCUCCACACUUGUUUAACCUGCCUGUGGGGAUCACGACAACUUCUCCUCUGUGAUCAUCAGUGAUUUCAGAUUUGCCAGGGUAGCCUUCUUCAUUAUCACAGUCAGAAACUGGAUGAUGGCUUUGGAGCAUGGUUUCCUGGGAAUCUGGUGUUUGCCUCACAGUGUUGUUGGUGCCCUUAGAACAUCAGCCAGGGCACUCAUGGGCUCCAGGAUGGCAACAAAGAUGGGGGAAAGAACAGCUUUUCAUUCCCCUAGUUCAACAAGUGUUUCUUGAGCUCCUGCUCCACGUGAGGCCCUAUUCUGGACACUCGUAUUCAUCAGUGGGUGAGACCACGAUCUCUGCCCUUGGAGGGCUCUCGUUCUAGCAGGGAGUAUCAGAAAUGACACAUGGGAUUUGGGUCUGUGUGUGUGAAUGGGAGCAGGAGUGUGCAAGACACAGGGCAGGGAUACAGGUAUGUUAGGGGUCUGGGCAGAACUCAUUGUAAAGGAGAGAUUUAAACAAAGAUUUGCAGGAGAUGCAGGAAUUAGCCAAGUGGAUGUCUAGGAGAGGAGUGUUUCAGGACCAGGGAUGAGCCAGGGCAAAAUUAAGGUGGGAGCAUCCCUGGAGUGCUCAGAGUAGCAAGGAGGCUCAUCCUCCUUGAUGAGUGAACAAUCAGGAGGUGAAGUCGGGCAUGAGUGCCUGUCUCAAGUAUCCUGGACCCCGAGGGCACUAGGACAUAUGUUUUGGGCCUCGGUUUCCUCCCUAAUGGGAAAGGGGAGUGAUAGGGAAGGCUUGAGGUGGGUCAUCCAGGGCUGUACUCUCCUUUGCUUACUUGACUAAGUAAAAUUGAACAUUCAGUUCCCCAGUCACACUAGCCAUGUUUCAAGUGUUUAAUAGCCACAUAUGGCCAUAAUAUCUGUCAGCACGGGUUAUAAAAUAUUUCUAUGAUCAUGAAAAGCUCUAUUAGAAAUACUGGCCUAGGACAUUGGAGGCUCUUGUAAGGACCUUGUUUUCUUCCCUCAGAAAUGGAAACUUUAUUCGGAAGUUGCAUAUUCCAUUUCUACUUGGGUCCUAUCAGACAGAAACCUAAUCACACAACUAUUCCUAGCAGCAAGGGAGGCUGGAAAUGAGCCAGGCAUGUAGCUAAAAUUUACAUGACUAAAAGGAGAAUGGCUAAUAGAAGGCAGCAGUCUCUGCCACCCCUAGGUCUAGUGAACCCCAAAGCAUUCUUUGCUGCCAUGCUCUGUCUUGAGUCUGGGAAGAGGAUUGGAUGAGAAAAGAAUCUGGAAGUCACAGCCUGGUGAAUGCAGGCCUUAAGGCCUAGAACCAGGUUGAGGAGCAGUUAUAACUGUCUACUCCUCUUGCCUUUUGGAGACCCAGAUAAUCAGUCUCCCAACUUGCUUGGGGCCUACACACCAGACCCAGGGGCCUACACACCUGCCCACGGGUGCAGGCUGGGGCCCAGUAAUGAAAUAUUGGGGCACAUUGAGGCCCCC